AUGCAGAAACUUUUGAAAGUGUAUAAAUUAAAGAGACAACUCGAAAUUAAAGAUGUCAAUGAGGAGAUUAUGUUGUGGGUAUUAAUAUCUUCUACAGUUCCUAAUAUCGAAGAAAAAGGUGUACAUAUUUAUAAAGAUCCCAGACUUGUUGAACUUGGAUAUAGAAUAAUAUCACCAGUAUCUUUAAAUGAAUCUCAAUUGAUAGAUAUAUUUGGAAGUAAUUUAUCAAUAAGCAAUAGUGAAGAUGGUUAUAAAUAUUUAAGAUAUAAAUUGGGUGUCGGUGAAGGAGCUGAUGACCUUCCACCUGCUACAAGCUUUCCUUUAGAGGCUAACUGUGAUUACCUUCAUGGUGUUAGUUUCCAUAAAGGAUGCUAUAUUGGACAAGAAUUAACUGCUAGAGUUCAUCAUACUGGUGUAGUUCGAAAGAGAAUAAUGCCUUUAAAGUUUACCAAAGAAAUAAAGGAUUCAAUAGAGAAAGACACCAUUGUAAAUUCUUCUGACAACCCAAAAUUAAAUUUGGGAAAACUAAAGGGUACUGUGCACAAUUAUGGAUUAGGUUUAAUGAGAAUAAAAGAGGCCCUUGAUGCCAAAAUAUUGAAAGUUGGAGACUAUGAAGCUGAAGUUUUAAAACCUUCCUGGUGGCCUAUUGAAGCUCCAAGAGAGGUUACUGUGAAAAAAGAAAAAAACUAA